AUGCUGUUUUACCAGUCAAUUCUACUCCUCUGUUCAUGGGUUUCGGAAGGAUGCCUCAAUCAGCAAGCUCCUCUGGAUCUCGAUUCUCGUUCCGUAUAUCUCCCGAGUACUGCCUUCGAAGAGAAAGGGUAUGGUGUUGCAGAUCUUGCUACCUCACAGCCGGUGUCAGAACACACCCUCUUCUUUGGUGGGAGUACAACCAAAGCCUUUACAGCAGCGUUGAUAUCAAUUCUCGUGGACGACAACGAGAACUUCCCAGAGAUACAAUGGGACGCAAUGGUUCACAGCAUUAUUCCAGACGAUUUCACCCUGAGUGAUCCAUGGUUUACUACGCAAGUUACGGUCGAGGAUAUGCUCUCACACCGGUCUGGCAUGCCACGCCAUGACUGGGUCUGGUUUGCCAACAUGACGCUGCAGGAAGCUGUGAGGAAGAUGAGAUACCUUCCACUUACAUCGACUAUUCGUACAAAGUUUAACUACUGCAACUUGAUGUACAUGGCUGCUGCUCAUUUGAUCGAGACUAAGACGGGGCAACUUUUCAAGGAUGUACUGCGCGAGCGUAUCCUAGAACCUCUAGGGAUGACAGAAACAUACGUUUCUUUGUCCGACGCCCAGGCUGCUGGUGGAGAAAUUGCACGAGGGUACUUUCUCAAUUCAACGGGACAGCUACAAGAUACGGACUUAUCGUUCCAUGAGAGUAUCAGAGGUGCAGGAAACAUCAUUACUUCGGCAGUGGAUUAUGCAAAGUGGGUUCAGGCAAUGAUACAACGAAGUCCGCCAAUCUCACCUGCAGGGUAUACUGCCAUUCUGGGUGGACACACCAUCAUAUCUCCAGAACCAAUGGCUCCCGAUACAUCCCCGACCUUGUACGGGUUUGGAUGGUUUUUGCGUACAUAUGCUGGAGAAGUGAUAAUCCAACAUCCGGGUGGAAUUGAAGGGUUUGGCAGCCUUGUGUGCUUCCUACCUAGAAAGAGGAUUGGAUUUGUUAUCCUAGGCAACAAUAUGAUAGGGACAAACGCAGCUGUCACAUUGCUUGGAAACCAUUUAAUCGACGAUAUUCUCGGAAUCCAGGAAAGACACCGUCCAAAUUGGCGAAAGAGAGCCGAAGCCACACUAGAGAACACCAAGAUUUCUCCGCGAGUCUUGGAUGAUCUCUAUCCACGCAUCCCUAGUCCGCCUCUUCCUCCUCCAUUGAAACUAUCAGAAUACGAGGGAACCUAUACACACCCUGCCUAUCCAACGCUGAAAGUAACAACUGACUGCCCCAGCCACUCACUUUUCCCUAAGGUGUCCGGCAAACGAAAGCUAGGGCCUUAUCGCCUCUGUGCCAAACCCUUACACAGCGCGUUCGGCAGUUCGGCACUGGUUCUGGAACUCAGGCAUGUCACGGGUGAUUUCUGGGUAGUGGGGACGUUGAUGUACGGUGCCACUUCAGCCACGAGGGGGAGAUUCGUCCUGAGCCCAGAGGGAGUUAUCAACCAGAUUUCCAUUGAGAUGGAGCCGACUAUGGCGUUAGAGCAUAAGGGUAUACAUUGGAAGAAGACGACUUAG